AUGGUGCCGCCAGCAGACGAGCGGCAGCGACGAAUGUUCUAUGGCGUGCUAGGCAUGCUUAUGUUCGUGCUCGUGCUUAUGUUUCUCUCGCAAGGCCGUCGGUCAGGACGCAACCAUCCCGAAGAUCUCGAUCUGGCCUUCAAGUACGAUGAAAAGGAGAAGACGCUCACCCUCCACCUUUUCAAGUCACCCAUUGAAGAAGACAGCGACGACAAGAAGGAGUUCGCCUCACGGCAGCAAGGCGACGAUGCAGAAUGGGAUGAAGGGGCACCGCAGCCAUCUCGUCUGGAGAAGAAGAGCGGGAGGAAAGGGUCGCUAGCGAAUGGACUCUUCAAGCGCCUUUCAUCAAAGAGCCAUUUGUAG